CACAUAUUGUUUGAACACUGAACUCUUCCCCUUGUGUGUAAACAGCUCCAGCAUGUAGCUGCACUGCACUUGGGGAAAACAGGCAGUUAUAGAGAGAGAGAAGUGUGGACGGUGGUUUGGCCGGAAAAACGCCAUGUCUGUGUUCAAGUACUCUGCUGUGGACUUCCUCCUCACUUGUCUGGGACUGGUGUUCCUGCUGCUCGACAUAGGGCUGGACGUUUUCGCCGUGGUGAGUUUCUACCAGGAGAAGGCCUACGCGAGCCUCGGCUUCCUGCUGCUCUUCCUGCUCGGCUCGUCCGUGCUCGUCCAGGCCUUCAGCUGGCUGUGGUACAGCUACGAGGACUUCAAGAGGGAGACAAAGGUCGAGAGCUGCCUGAGCCCGUGCCAGCUCCGCCUUCUGCAUGUGCUCCAGCUGGGAAUCUACUUCAGGCACGCAGGCGUCGUGGAGGUUUCCGUGCUCAGCUUCUUCACGAAGACCCAGGGCCCAGAGGAUCGCGCCGUGUUCCUGAGCCACGACCUCAGCCUGCUGCGGCUCAUAGAGACCUUUUCCGAGAGCAGCCCCCAACUCGUGCUCAUGCUUGCUAUCAUCUUGCAGCGCGGCCAGCUCGACCCCGUGACAGUGCUGAAGGCUCUGGGGUCGGCCUCGGCCAUCGCCUUCAGCGUGACCAUGUACCACCGCUCCCUGCGCUCCUUCCUGCCCGACAAGGAGAACCAGCGGGUGACCUCGUCGGCGGUCUACUUCCUCUGGAACCUGUGUCUCAUCUUGUCGCGCCUCGUCGCCCUCGCCCUCUUCGCCUCCGUGCUGCCCUGCUUCAUCUUCACCCACUUCCUCUGCUCCUGGCUGCUGUUGUUCUUCGUCGCCUGGCGGACCAAGACGGACUUCAUGGAGAGCCCCGGUGGAGAGUGGCUUUACCGGGCCACCGUGGGCCUCAUUUGGUACUUCGCCUGGUUCAGCGUGUUCGACGGCCGGACGAGGUACAGGAUGCUGCUCUACCACGGGUACAAACUGGCUGACGUUUCCCUCCUCUGCGGCCUGUGGUGCUGGAAAAUCACAUAUGAACCGUUUCAUUUGGAAAUAUCCCCCGUUUAUGCAAUAAUCACCGCCGUGAGUGUUGUUGCCGCGUACAUCCUCGGUCUCUUAUUCAAGAUGAUAUAUUACAAGUGCUACCACCCAAACCUCGGCAGAGAGGAGUUGAAGGGAGACCCGACUGGAGAUGGCGUGACCGGGAGCAGAUCUCCGUCCGGUGACGUGGUGGACCACUUGGUCACAGGUGCCUCGCACGACGUCACUGAGCCUCAGUUGUUGAGCCUGCAGGUGUCCUUGCACACGCAUGAUGUUACAGACCGCAGCUGGUCGAGCCCCGCGGCCCCCAGCGGGAAACGCUGCAAUAAAAGAAUGAGGAAGAUGGCCGAGAACUUCUACUCCUGACCCUACAGGACGUGACGUUGGAAAGAGACCCGCGGUCAACACGUCCGCCUGCUGAAGAUCACAGGGCUGAGUGGGACGGACUAUGACCCGACCACGGACUAACCACUGAUAUGAACUCAUAGACCCCAGAUGUCCGGUACCGCUUUAUCCUCAAUGGCACUUUCUGCACUGUUUUAACUGCUGCUACCGAGACAAAUAAUAAAGACAAACUUCGGUCUGAAA